UGGUGAGUGUGUUCAUAUGCCUUGAUCGAUCACCUCUGAUGUAGAAGUUAUCUGUUGGGAUGAGCCUGGUAGACUAUGCAGAUAUAAUCAGAGGAACCAACGGCCUUUCUUUUGUAAAAAAGUGGAAGAUGGAAUAAGUUGGCACCAUUAUAGCGUAAAGAUAUGGAGGAACCAUCCAAAUCAGAAAAUGAAAGUCAGUCAUCGCUGGUAACUCCCAGUAAUAAAGCAUAUCAGAAUGAUCUGUUCAUACAGCUGCAGGAAGUGAUCUCUUCCCUGGAAACAUGUGUCUUCUCCUGGAGAAAUCCACCUGGAAACAGAUCAGUGGAAGAAAGUGUGACAUCCUCCCUUGAUCUGUGUACUGAUGAAGAACCUAAAAUCAAGCAUGGAUUUAAUCAGAUUUCAGGUGAAGAUGCUACGGUUUUACAAUCUGAGAUUAUACGUUUCCAGGAGAAUAAUGCAGCACUGAGAAUGAAACUUAGGCUUAAAGACAAUGAACUCAACAGGUCAAAAGCCACACUCAAUGUCUUCAAGGAGGAAAAGGAAAAACUACAAACAAAGAUAAAGAAUUUACAAGACAUUCUACAAGACAUUUCUCCUGCCACAGUAUCUCCUCCUGGUAGUCCUAUAUUGGAAGAUAGUAGUUUUACAUCUGAACAUCAUGAUAUGCAGAGUGAGCUAAUGCUUCCUCAGGCUCCUUUAUCAACAAUGCAAAAUGUCAUUCAAUAUCUUCAGAACCUCCCUGGAUACCAGACCUCAGUGUCAUGUCCUCCUGAGAUACAUCCAAGCAACAUGGAAUCAGAGAUGAAGUGGUUAAAAGGGCACCUUGACCGUGUAAAGCAGCUAAAUGAACAGCUCACUGUGACUCUAGAGGAGUGCAAGACUGAUUCUGAGAAACUCAGUAUGCACCUCGGAAAACUGGAAUCUACCUGCACAGCACUGCGACUCGCCUUGCAAUCCAGUGAGAGAUGUCUGAAGACGUACAGUGUGCUGCUAGCUCUUGCAGAAGCAAAACAGGAAGUCAUGCUUGGUCAGGCUACAUCCGGGGAUAUCAUGACCUCAGGUUGGAGACUGCUGCCAAAAGACUUGGAGAUAAAAACCAAACUAUUCCUGAUGGAAGUAAAAAAAGUAUUUCAUGGAGAGGGGAAGAUUUCUGAUCUAGAAACACAGAAAAUGGUCAAGCUGACUGUAAACAGCUCCUAUGCCCCAUGGCUCAGUGAAGAAGAAGAGCAGAUGCUGAAAGAUUACAUUCAGUCUCUAAAGUGGGACCUGUCUUCCAUUGCAAUGACAGAUCACUUUAUUACUUGCACUUCACAUGCAAAGGAAGUAACUCAGUGCGCUGAAAUGAUCAAAACUAAGGUGGAUGAUGCCAUAAAAGAUUCAACAGAAGCUUUGACAUGUCUCCCAGAGAAACCUGCUCGAGCCCAGAUCCUGCAGGAUCUGAUGUAUUCUAAGAAGAAGCUGUCUGAACUGAAAGCCAGUCUGCAACUACUUCAGACAGAGAAACGUGCUUUGGAGUUACAAUGGUUAACCCAUGAAGAGCUUGAGAAAGCCCAUAUGCUUAUCCGAGACUACCUGCAGAUGGAACAAAAUGAAUGGACAAAGGAAGGAUCUGGAAAACAGAAAUUCCCAGGUGAAGAUAAAGAGUGUGCUGGCCAAAGUCAGAAAUCGACUUCAUCACCUACCAUGCCAAGACUGCUAGAUUCCUUGAAAAUGAGCAGUGACAUAAAAGUAAGAAUUGAAGGUCUCAUCUCAGAAGUGGAGCAAUUAUCCUGUAAAGUCUGUGCUGAGAAUGGCAAGUCUGCACAUACAAUCAAAGAUUUCUUCAAAGCUCAUAGGAAUCUUUUUCUGACAUACCAGAAUGCUUGCAGGAAGUACCAAGAGCAGCAGUAUAAACUGGAGUCUCAGGCUGAAUCCAUGUCACAACAACAACAGCGACAGCUACAAAAACUUGGUCAAACAAUCCAAAAUCUGCAAAAGAAAAAGCUUCAGAAGGACACAGGAGAGACAUCCCUGUAAAAGAAAAUAGGAAAUGUGGUGCUUCUUAAAAAGGGUAUCAUCAAUGUUGGACUGGGAUACAUAGGACCCACUAGAGGAAUUGAUUCUGAGGGACCACCCGCAACCUAAACAAAAAUAACACGUCUUCAGAUUUGAAUAAUCAAUGUCUGAACUGGGUUCUCGAUGCUCACUGAAGCAUCAUUUUCCUUCUAUGCUGCUCAUAAAUUUCAUAUGUCACAGUAUUGCCAAUAAAUGGGAGCAGAAUCUGAUAAGCAGAGCGUAUACACCAGUUAUGGUUCUUAUACAGGAACUGUCUGAUUACUGGUUUUGAAGUAUUUAAGCACCGCAGAAAGAGAAUAAAAACCUGCAGUAUAUAAUAGCAGCGUUCUCAACAAAUGGGGGCAUACACUGCAGGCAUGAUAGUGUUGCAGUGUGUAUGUAAUAGUGCUAAAAAAGUGCAAGUAGCAACACUAGACCUACUGUCUUAAAUAUACUGUACACACAGAUAAUACAGCUAUUAAUUGUAUAUAUAAUGUCACCAUGCCAAAUGUAUUCAUAGUGCAAUAUUAACUUGACGGAAGUGAUGUACUGAAAUUUUGCCCUCCAUCAACCCUGCAUACAUCAGUAUACCUUCUGUUAUAUGGAAUAGCGUAGUCGACUAUGCUAUUCCAUACAAAAGUAUAUACACUGCUUAGUAUACAUAUUUUUAAUGGGAGCCUAUUACUGAUGUAUCCCACCAUAUGCCUAUACAAUGUCACAGCCUGAGGUAUACAGUAUGUCGGAAGAUUCUCCUGACUUUAUUCCUCUAAUAUCUGCUCUUAAUUAUUUCAACGCAAUAAAAAAUGUUUUUUACUGUUAAACUGGUACUACACAUCAUAAUACUCACCUCACCUGCUAACUUAAUUAUAUACAUCUAAUCAGGGGCGUUGCUAGGUUAAAACAUUCAGGGCCUGGGCCCCUGAUGUUUUGUCCCAGGACCCGA